AGCUGUUUUGAUUGUUGUGUAGUGAGUCUGUCAAAAUACGAGUUCAAAACAAACUGCUUCUGUACGAAUUUUUGGACGCUGGUGAAACAUUUUCUAAAUCGUUUAAUAGUGAAUUAAGCUUAAGUUUUUAGUGUUAAAGUGAUUUAAAGUACGUCACCAUGGAUGAUCAAGGAUGUCCCCGCUGCAAAACGACUAAAUACCGAAAUCCGUCUUUGAAAUUGAUGGUAAACGUUUGUGGCCACACAUUGUGCGAAAGUUGCGUGGAACUUCUCUUUCUCAAAGGUUCCGGAUCGUGCCCGGAGUGUAAUGUGGCCCUGAGGCGAAGCAACUUCCGCGUUCAGCUGUUUGAAGAUUCAAACGUGGACAAAGAAGUCCAGAUCCGGAAGAGGAUUCUGAAGGAUUUCAACAAGAAAGAGGACGAUUUCGCGACGCUUGGGGAGUACAACGACUAUCUGGAGAUGAUUGAAGAACUGGUGUUCAACCUGUGCAACAAUAUCGAUAUCAUCAACACGAACAAACGCAUCGAACAGUACAAGAAGGAAAACCGGGACGUAAUCUUGAAGAACAAGACCAAACUCAGCAGAGAUGAGCUGGAAUUGGAAACGCUGAUCGAAAUCGAAAAGGAGCAAACGGAUCAACGGAAGAAAGAACUGGCGAUGAUCGAAGCAGAAAACAGGAAGCAAAAGGCCAAGAACAAGGAAGACCUCAUAGACUCGCUGAUGGAGAGCUACGAGGAUGCGAGCGCAAUUGUGGAUAAGUUUGCUCAACGGGCGGAGCAGCAGCAAAUUCCGCUGCCGAAACCGAUGGCCCCUCCAGCACCUCCGAAGCAGACUCACUUCUCGACCGGUAUCAAGUUCCAGUCGCAGCACGGAUUUCUGCCGGUGCCCAAGAUCGAAGAAGGCCCGACCUAUGUGUACGAAGCGCAGAUCUAUCCGAAGGAGGGCCCCGGGCAGCCAACGUUGGCCGAUAUCGACAGCAAGGGUUACAUCAAACACAUACGGUCCGAAACGCAAGCCGAGCGAGCAGGUGGAUUCAGGACCAACAUUUCCUGCUUACGGGCUAUUCAGGAAGCGCUUGUUGGGCUGUAUCACGGGUGCUAAUUUUAUUCAUUUAUUUGUUAUUAAUAAAGCAAAAUCGUAGGUUAAUAUAAA